AUGUUAAAUUUAUAAACUGUUUUAAGGGGAUUUGAGGAGAAUGGAUUAAAAUAAGAGUAAUAUUUCAGUCAGGAUGAAAUUUUACAUAAAUUGGAUAUAAUGGCGAAACGGGAGUUCGAUCGAGGAAUUGGUGAAUAAAUAUUUGAAUAAUGUCAACCUAUCUAAGAGAAUUUGAAAUUGUUAUUUAGACUAGCAGAUGUUAGUUAAACCUUGGUUGAUGCUAGUUUAAUAUUGAGUGAAAAGAUUAAAAAAGCAGAACUGUAAUUAAAGCUAAUCUCUUAGAAUAAGACAAUUUGCGAGAAAUAAUUAGAUGAAACAUCGGUUUACUCUGAUACAAGAUACUUGUUUUUGACAUUAUUGUGCGCAAAGAAUAUACCAUUAAAGUUAAAAUACUCUAAUUGCCACAUACAAUUGACUUUGGGUGUAACAAAUUAAAUAGCAAGACCAGAAUAAUAAUAUGAUAGAGUAAAUCCAGAAUUCAAUUAAGAUUUUGAAUUUUAAAUCCCUCCAACGACAACAUCCCUUUCGAUUCAGUUUUACAUUCAGACUAAUGCAGCUCCAGCAACUUUAUGGGGAUAAGCAUAUUUGCAAAUUCAGCAAUUAGAUGAUUCAGCAGUAAGAGAUCUAGAACUGUAAUUGAAGGAUCCUUAAGGCAGAGAACUGGGAGCUAGCAUCGAAAUAGAAGCCUAGAUAGUAUUGAAUAAACAUCAAUAUCUGUAAACUCAAUUGCAGAAGUUUGAAUAAAAAAUUUAUACCCUUGAAAAUGAUUUGAAUGAGUACAGAACCGAUUUGGAUGUAGUGGAGAGACCAUUUAAGAUUAAAUUAUUUAAGGAGUAGAGUUUCAAGGACUAAAAGAAUGAUAUGUUUGAAUAAUUCGAUCAGCAAUAAAUGAUGAAUGAGAUGGAUUAAUAGAACCCCAAUUAAUUAUAGGCAUCUGAACACAAAGAUUAAAUAAUAUCUGCAUUAUAAUCAGAAAAGCUCUUAGAUAAGUUUGAUGAAACACCAGAUGCUCCUGAGAUCCUGCAACAUGGUGUCAUCAUAUUCACUAUUUAUGGUUUGAUCACCUUAUUUGUUUGUUCUGCUAAACCCUCUUUCUUAGAUGUCUUGGUUUGCCAUGGUCUCAUGUUCACAAUCUUCAUGGACAGAUUCGAGCCAUUCCAUUUAAAGCUUGUUGGAGGAGGCCUAGUAGCUUCCAUCUUUUAUGAUAUCUUAUGGAUGAAAUAAUACCAUUUAUGGUGGGAAAGCGAUGAUCAAAACAAUCCAGAAUGGGGAUUGAAGGCACAAACCUUACUAAGAUUUGUUUUAGUUUUUACUUAUAUCCAAUUCUUGUAUAAAUUUGUUGUCUGUUAUUAUAUAUAUUAAUUUCAUAGAGAAUCUAUUGAUCCCACCAAAAGAUACAUUUUUACAAUUUGGAGAAUUUAAUAUAAAGUAGGUAAAAGUAGGGGUGAGAGUUCAACCUGGUAAUCAAUGUGA